AUGAUUUGGAUCGUGAUUUUACCCAUUUUAGUUUCCUGCACACUCGGGAACAGGACAGCGGAGCAGGUGCCGUUUUUCCACGGACAUGUGUUUGAGAACUCGGCUCCUGGCUCCCGGGUCAACGGGCUGAGCGUCCCGUUAAAGCGGCUCAACUCGCAGAGGCUGUGCAGUGCCGGGGAGCCCGGCUCGACCGCAGCGCAUUUCAAACUUCUGGGCGACGGGAGUGAGAAUUUCCGAGUCUUUGCCCACCACAAACGCGGGCAUAUCUUGUUGAAAACGUUGGGGGUGUUGGACAGGGAGGAGCGGGCUGAAUAUGCGCUGGGUCUCGGUCUGUGCUGCGGGCAAUGCGCGGCACUCGCCCGGGAAGAGGAUGGUGACUCUCCAGUCGUCGCCGAGGUUGCGUCCGUCAAGGUGGACGUCCUGGACACUAAUGACCACCAGCCCACUUUCCCCGGCGCCGAUGUGAAGCUGAGCCUGGAUGAUGCUACGGCGCUCCGCACGGUGAUCUACACGGUUACCGCACAAGACGGCGACAGCGGCAAGAACGCGGAGCUCAUCUACUUUGCAGUGCCGAAGAACGGGAGUUUCUACGCGGUGCCCAAAACCGGGGAUAUCCUUCUGGUGGACUCGAUCCUCGGUCUCGAGGGGCCGAUUAAGUUUAACGUGUACGCCCGGGACCGCGGGUGGCCGCCUCGCACCAGCCAAAGCAUGACCGUGGAGAUCAAUCCCCGGCAGUGGCCCGCCGCUCUCUCGCCGAACUCUCAGUCGGGAAAACGGAAACCUAAAUCCGCAAAUAAGGGGACGUCUAGAAGGUCCAGGUCUGUGCUGGAAUCCGACAACCCCGUUUUCAUCAAUGUGUCAGAGGAUGCUGGAAUCGGAUCCGUGGUGAUGAACUUGAACCCAGUGAGGUUUCAAUCGGCCACGUUUGAGCUGGUGGAGCCCGACGCGGAGAGCUCACCGGUCAGCGUGAGCCGGGACAGCGGGGAUAUAGUCAUAUCACGGAGACUGGACCGAGAGACUGACCCGCUAGUGGAGAUCACCGUCAAAGUUCAGGAUAAAAGAGGUCCAGACUGGUAUUUGGUGCGAGUGGAGCUGACGGUGACCGACGUGAACGACAAUGUGCCGGAGUGGAGCAUGGUCCCCGCUCCUUACCUCGCCGUGGUUUCCCCCGACGCGACGCCAGGCUCGCUGGUUUACAAGCUGCAUGCUCAGGACGGUGAUGAGGGCAACAACGGCGAGGUGGAGUACUUCCUGUCUGACGGUGGCGACGGGCGUUUCGAGGUCGACAGGAAGAGCGGUCAGGUACGGACUACAGGGCUUCCCCUGCAGAGGGACAGGGAGUAUCUGCUGACGGUGGUGGCUGCCGACCGGCUGGGCAGCCGCAGCGCACCGGCCGUCGUCUCCGUGGUGGCGGGAGCCCGACCACCGCAGUUCACCAACGCUUCUUUCACCAUCUCGAUCCCAGAAAACACCCCGGAGGGACAGCCUUUCCUGGUCACACCUGCCGUUUCCUUCCAGAAGGAGCCAAUCAGCUACAGCCUCCUCAUCAAUCCCAGCAGCCUUUUCUCCAUUUCUGCAGAGACCGGCGAAAUCAGCCUGACCCGCUCCAUCGACUACGAGAGUGACCAGCAUCGCUACCUGCUACUGGUCCGAGCCAGCGAGGGCAUGGACAGCAUGAGCAGUGCAGCAGAGGUGCGGGUGAUUAUUGUCGAUGAGAACGACUGCAUCCCAGAAUUCCUCCAGUCCAUUUACAGCAAGGAUGGCGUACCAGAAACGGUGACCACAGCAACCUCCCUGCUGCAAGUGUCAGCCAGUGACUGUGACUCGGAGGAGAACGCAGAGUUGACCUAUUACACCCUGAGUCCAGACUUUACCAUCUCCCCCCAUGGGACUAUCUUCCCCACUGGCCCGCUGGACUAUGAGAGGCCCAACCACCUGUAUGAGUUUGUGGUGAUGGCUGUUGACAAGGGGGACGUCCCUCGCACCGGCACCGCCACCGUCCGAAUCCGCAUGGCUAACGUCAACGACGAGGCGCCGGAGUUUUCCCAGCAUGUCUACCGGACGUUCGUCUCAGAGGAUGCAGGUCCUAACACUCUUGUUGCCACGGUGCUGGCUAAGGACCCUGACGGUGACGGCAUCACGUAUAAAAUCACCAUGGGAAACGAGGAGGGCAAUUUUGUCAUUGACAGCCAGAAAGGUCUGAUCCGUCUGCGCUCCAGCCCGCCUCCUCGCCUCCAAGGGGUUGAGUACGUCCUGAACAUCACCGCGACAGACGACAACGCUUCAGGUGGACCGCAGGCCUUGUCAUCCACAGCCCAGGUCAUAGUAGGAGUGGAUGAUGUAAAUAAUAACAAACCUGUCUUUGAGAAGUGUCAGCAGUACCGAGAGAGAACAUCGGUCUUGGAGAACCAGCCAGCGGGGACGUUUGUUCUCCAAGUCCACGCCAUGGACGCUGACGAGGGCUCCAAUGGCAAGGUCACAUACGGCUUCAUGCACAAAGACUCCACUGUGCCCGCCUUCAGCAUACACCCCGACACUGGUGUGAUUGUGACAGCCAGGAAAUUUGAUCGUGAGCGCCAGCGGGAGUACGCGGUGACGGUGACCGCCACCGACCAGGCAGCUGACCCGCUGAUUGGCAUCUGUCAGCUCAACAUCCUCAUCCUGGACCAGAACGACAACAGUCCCAAGUUUGAGAACCUCCGAUAUGAGUACUUCCUACGUGAGGACACCAUGAUCGGCACUAGUUUCUUGCGGGUUGCCGCUCACGACGAUGACUUUGGCACCAACGCAGCCAUCGCCUACUCUAUGUCCAAUGAACAGCCCGAGUACCUCAGGGUCAACCCACUGACUGGCUGGGUGUAUGUCAACCAGCCCAUCUCUCAGAGAACCUACAUCACCAGGGAAAUUGUGGCUACAGACGGUGGGAACCGCAGCAGUUCAGUAGAGUUGGCUGUCACCAUCACCAACGUGAAGAACCAGCCCCCACAGUGGGAAAAGGACAGCUACAAUGUGGUCAUACCGGAAAACACCGUCCGAGAUACACCCAUAGUGACCAUCAAAGCCACCUCUCCGCUGGGGGACCCCAGGGUGACGUACAACCUGGAGGACGGCAUGGUCCCGGAGACCAACAUGCCGGUUCGCUUCUACUUGACCCCCAACCGAGAGGACGGCUCGGCCUCCAUCCUGGUAGCCGAGCCUCUGGACUAUGAGACCACCAGGAACUUCAUGCUGCGGGUUCGAGCCCAGAAUGUUGCUGCUGUCCCGCUGGCGGCCUUUACCACCGUCUAUGUCAACGUCACAGAUGUGAAUGACAAUGUCCCGUUCUUCACUUCCUCCAUUUACGAGGCCUCGGUCACGGAGGGGGCAGAGUCAGGCACGCUGGUCCUGCAGGUUUCUGCCAACGACCUGGAUCUGGGCCUCAAUGGCAAGAUCUCCUACUCCCUGCUGGCCGAUCGCAGUGGGGAUCACCAGUACUUCCGGAUCGACCCGGAACUGGGGUCCAUCUACACUGAGGCCGUGUUUGACCGUGAAACCAAAGGCUCCUACCUACUAGAGGUCCAGUCUGUGGAUGGCUGGGAGUCCGCCCGGCCCGGCAAACAUGGACAGCCCAACUCUGACACGGCGUAUGUUCGCAUUUUCAUCAGCGAUGUGAACGAUAACAAGCCGGCGUUCGCAGAAGCCGCCUAUGAAGUCGACGUGGACGAGGACGCCGACGUCGGCUACGCCAUUCUCACCGUCAGCGCCAACGAUGGGGAUGAAGGUGCGAAUGCCAAGCUGCGCUACCAGAUCACAUCAGGGAACACAGGAGGCGUGUUUGAUGUGGAACCAGAGGUGGGCACGAUCUUUAUCGCCCAGCCACUGGACUACGAACAGAACAAAAGGUACAAGCUCCAUGUUCUGGCGUCGGAUGGCAAGUGGGAGGAUUAUACGACAGUGACGGUUAACGUGGUGAACAAGAACGACGAGGCUCCGGUGUUCACUGUGAACGAGUACUAUGGCAGCGUAACGGAGGAGCUGGAUGGCUCACCGGUGUUUGUGUUACAGGUAACGGCAUCUGACCCAGAUAAGGAUGCAGACCAGGAGGCCUUGCGUUACUCCCUGCAUGGCCAGGGUGCCGAGAGUGAAUUCAUCAUUGAUGAGGUCACCGGCAAGAUCUAUGCCCAGCGGACUUUAGACCGCGAGGAACGGGCUGUGUGGCGUUUCGUGGUCCUGGCCACAGAUGAAGGUGGCGAAGGGCUGACGGGCUUUACUGAUGUCAUCAUUAACGUGUGGGACAUCAACGACAAUGCACCCAUUUUCACCUGCGCCCCCAGCUGCCAUGGAGAUGUGGCCGAGAACUCAGCAGUGGGGACGUCUGUCAUGGAGAUGACAGCCACCGACCUGGACGACUCAGCUGUGGGGCAGAACGCGGUGCUGUCCUACAGGAUUGUGGGCAGUCUGGAUGCCAGCAACAGCGAGGUGGGAGGAGUGCCAGCCUUCUCGGAUAUUUUCUCCAUUAAUCCCACCACAGGAACGAUCACGGUGGCCAUGAGUGGCCUGGACCGUGAGCAGGCUGAGUCCUACCACCUGGUUGUGGAGGCCAGAGACGGGGGCGGAAUGACAGGAACUGGGACCGCGACCAUCCGAGUAAAGGAUGUGAACGACCAUGCUCCAAGAUUCACUGAACACUCCUGCCUGGCCAAGAUCUCUGAGAGUGCAGAGCCCAAUGCAGAGGUCCUGGAGCUCUCCGCUGAGGACAGGGACACUGGAGAAAAUGCUCAACUAACAUUCAGUGUGGUGGCUGGAGACCAGGAGCAGAAGUUUUACAUGGUCAGUCACCGACAGGAGCAGCGCGGCACACUGAGGCUGAAGAAACGUCUGGAUUACGAACGACCCAGCGAGCAGAGGUUCAACCUUACCUUGAAGGUUGAGGACCUGGACUUCUCUAGCCUUCUGCACUGUGUGGUGGAGGUGGAGGACUUCAACGACCACACGCCCGUCUUCAUCCCCCACUUCUUGUCCGUAGCUCCGCUGGCUGAGGACGUCACUGUGGGAACUAGCGUGGCACGUUUGGUGGCCAGCGACUCUGAUUCGGGCCAGAACCGCGACAUCACCUACAGCCUGUCGGAGGAGUCCGAUCCCGAGGGACUGUUUGCCAUCGACCAGUCGGGCGUGCUUACUGUAGCCCAACCUCUGGAUCGGGAGAGGAUAUCGCAGCAUCACUUGGUUGUCAUGGCGACAGACCACGGAGUCCCACCUCUCACAGGCAGCGCCACAGUCCAGCUAGCACUGUUGGAUGUGAAUGAUAAUGGGCCAGAAUUUGAGGCGGCUUACAGUCCAGUCGUCUUUGAGAAUGUGGCUGGACCGCAGGUGGUGAGGCUGAACCAAACAACGACUCUCCUGCGGGCCAUAGACCGAGACUCCCCAGAGAACGGCCCGCCUUUCCACUUCACCGUCCCCUCAGAGUAUCGCCACAGCAACGACUUCUACCUGCAGGACAACCUGAACAGCACGGCAACGCUCACGGCUCUCAGGAUGUUUGACCGCGAGCGCCAAAAAGAGUUCCUCAUUCCUAUCAUCAUGAGCGACAGCGGCCACCCACCCAAAACAGUGACCACCACUUUAACAGUAACCAUUGGUGACCAGAACGACCAUCCCCACCUGGCAGGAGAGAAGAAGAUCUUCAUCAACAGUCACCGAGGCCGAAUGCCGACCACAGUCCUGGGAAAAGUUUACUCUCCAGACCCUGAUGACUGGGACAACAAGACAUAUGUCUUUGAAGGACACGUGCCGAGCUACUUUAUCCUGAACAAGCGAACGGGGUUUCUGAUCAUCAAGGAGAACGCUCCACCUGGCACCUACCAGUUCCAGGUCCGCGUGUCCGACGGCGUUUGGCCAGAUGCCGUCUCGACUGUUACCGUUCACGUCCGCGAGCUGCGUGAUGAGGCCAUCUACAACUCCGGAUCCCUCCGUCUGGCAGACAUGACAGCAAAGGAGUUCAUUGAAAUGAGAGGGAAGAAGCAGAGCCGGUAUGAUUUCCUGGUGGACUUCCUGUCUGAGAUGCUCUCCGUCGCCCCCAGUGAUGUCAACAUCUUCAGCCUGAUGGACGUGAGGGAGCGGAUGCUAGACGUUCGCUUCGCUGUGCACGGAGGCCCCUCCUACCUCCGGCCUGAGAAGAUGCACGGCUAUCUGGCCGCCCACAAGCAAAAGCUGCAGUCGUUCCUGCAGGUCAACGUGUCGCAGGUCCGGGUGGACGAGUGUCCCGGCUCGGACUGCGCCGGCACCGGUGGCUGCACCAACGUACUGAAUGUGCGCGACAUGCCCACUGUGGUGGAUUGUGGGACGAUGAGUCUGGUGUCGGUGACGGUGGAGUCCACAGCGGUGUGCUCCUGCCCGGGCCGAGAGCACUCCCAUCAGCCCUGCGCGGCCUAUCCCAGAAACCCCUGCUUCAACGGCGGAGUGUGUGUGGACACUCAGAACGGCUAUAGGUGCCAAUGCCCGGCUCAGUUUGAGGGGCCCGAGUGCCAGCAGAACAAGCACAGUUUCCAGGGAAACGGCUAUGCCUGGUUUCCUCCCAUAAUGCCUUGCUUUGAGAGCCACAUGUCGCUGGAGUUCAUCACCGAUGUGCCUGAUGGACUGCUGCUGUACAGCGGACCGUUAGCCCAGCUGCAGGCCUGGGACCACGAGGACUUCAUGGCCAUAGAGCUAAUAGAUGGGACCCCAACCCUGAAAAUCAACCAUGGCUCCGGCACAUUGGUGUUACAGUUGCCUGGCAACGUGAACGUGGCAGACAGGAGGUGGCAUCGGCUGGAUGUCCGCAGCAACAGCAAGGAGGUGCGUUUCACCCUGGACCGCUGUGCAGGGGCAGCAGUGAUGGAGAUGGAGGGACUGGGCAGCUGGCUGACCACUGAGGAUCACUCCUCCUGUGAAGUUAUUGGUGUCACACCUAACACCGACAGACACUUGAACAUGAGCCAGGUGCUGCAACUCGGAGGUGUGAACGAGGACAUUCCCUACGUCUACCCUCAGCUCCAGCACAAACACUUCACCGGCUGCAUCCGCAACCUCAUUGUAGACAGCAAGCUUUAUGAUUUGGGCUCCCCUGCUGACUCCCAGUCCAGCUCUCCAGGCUGUCUGACCACUGAUAGCAGCUGUGUCAAUAUGGGCUACCCAUCCUGUGGCCACAGGGGGCGCUGUCAUGGCGAGUGGGGCUCCUUCAGCUGCCAGUGUGUGCCGGGCUACACAGGACACCAGUGUGAAGAAGAGGUCCCGGAGUUUUCUUUCGAUGGGCGCAGCCACGUGCACUACCAGUUUUCGGCUCCUCUCCCGGCCCGGAGGACGUGGGUUCAAGUCUUGGUCCGAACCCGCAAACACAGCAGCACCAUCCUCAGUCUGAUCUCUAAGGAGCAGAGUGAAUACAUACGACUAGAGAUCUUUCAGGGUCUUCUCUGUGUUUUCUACAACCUCGGCGACGGUGACUACAACCUGACCCUGCCCACCUAUCGCCUCGACAAUGGCGAAUGGCAUGAGGUAUUCAUGGAUCGCCACGACAACGAGAUGACCCUGCGACUGGAUGGUGGCGGGGGCCAACGAGAGAUCACAGGGUCACAGGGCCGGAGCCGAGAGAUCAUCAUCGACCCCACCGUGGUGAUGCUGGGAAAUGCCUUUCCAUCUGUGGUCAACAAAAGUUUCCAGGGCUGCAUGAGGGACGUGCGCCUCAGCGGCCACUACAUCCCAUUGGACGGUCAGGCGCGAGAAGGGGUCUCCCAGGUCAGCGCGCAGGGGCUCUCCCGGGGGUGUUCCUCCGACUCCUGCAAGAGGAACCAGUGCAGCCCCCCCUUCACUUGCGUCGACCUGUGGAGGGUGCACGAAUGCAGAUGUCCGCCAGGCCACAUGAUCCGUGUUAAUGGGACCAAGAAGUCCUGUGUUUACACCCUGUGCGCCACCCGGCCUUGCCACCGGGGCACCUGCGUGGCCCAGUCGCCCUCCAAGUUCACGUGCCACUGCCCCGAGGGCUACAGGGGGCGCCACUGCGAGACGACGCUGGCCAUCUACAGGGAAGACGUGGGCCUCAGCUUCAGCUCCCUCUUUGCUAUCUGUAUCUGCUUCAUGGCGCUGCUAGUGUUGCUGUUGGGUAUUUUCCUGUACACCCGCUGGCGGAGCUACAAGGGCCUGAAGGAGGGUGUGUAUCACGUUUCGGCGCACCACGACGGCUGGGAGGACAUCAGAGAGAACGUCCUGAACUACGACGAGGAGGGAGGAGGCGAGGAGGACCAGAAUGCCUACGACAUGGCGGAGCUGCAGAAGUCCCUCCAGCCCAGUCCGGCCCAGUCGGUGCAGUACUGCCGCUCGCGGGCCCUGCACCACCCCCCGCCCCCGCCGCACCACCACCACCACCACCACCACCUCCUUCACCAGGCGCCCCCGGUGCCACCCGCCGUCCCGCCUCCAGACCCCCUGAGCCGGACAGCCAGCUCCUCCACCCUGCCCCCCUCCGCCGCCUCCUCCGCCUCCACCGCCACCACCACCGCCAGCAUCCGCAGGGACGUCCCGCCCACCCGGCUCCCCGCCCAGGGCCAGGCCCGCCCGCCCCAGCUGGCCCGCCGCUCCCUGUCCUUCUCCAGCCAGGACCUGGCCCGCUACCUGUGCGAGAUCAUCCGCGACGCCGACCAGCACCCGGACACCGGGCCCUUCGACUCCCUGCAGGUCUUCUCCACGGAGGGCGGGGGCUCGCCCGCAGGCUCCCUCAGCUCCUUCAGCUCGGCGGGGCUGGAGGGAGGCAGCGGCGGCGAGGGAGCGGGAGGAGGAGGAGGAGGAGGAGGGGAGGGCAGGAGGGAGGAGACGCUCGGCGAGUGGGGGCCUCGCUUCGAGAAGCUGCGGGCGCUGUACGAGCGGGCUGAGGCCAGCGACCUCUGAGCCCUGAAUUGUGAAGCGCGCAGACCGGAUCGAAGCGCCGCGGAGACAGGGACCCUAUUUGGCGGGACAAACGAGACCAGUCAAUUAAAGAUGAAUGAGGCGGGAACUCAGAGAGAGAGAGAGAGGAACCCUCGCUCUGUGAGUGUGUGAGUGAGUGUGUGUGCGUGUGCGCAGCCCGCCCCUUGCCUGUUGACUGAGCGUUCGGCAUGGCAGGCACUGCAUUUACCGAAUGAUGAGCCCUGUCAAUCACCGCCCGCCGCCUAACAGACAGAUGAAAGCAGCCGGCGGUGCUGUGCUGCCGUGGAUGACAAUGUUGCAGGAGCAGACAUUAUCAAACCUGCCAGUCAGGUUCAAGCCUUCACUUACCUGGGCCACUCAUCCCGACGGAGCUCAGAUACGGCCGCGGCCCAAACCCAAAAGUCCAAACCGUCCUCUGAUAUUCGUCGUAAAGCUGCUCUGGAUCAAGUGUUCGCGAAUACCUAAAAUGUGAGGUGUGAAGUGUGAAAUGUAAAUGCGUUGGCCGGGUGUUUUUGACGCGCCGGGACCAAUCGAAAGCCACAUGAGAAUUACUUUGUGCCCCGAUGCUGCUGGGAUCUGUUUUCAGCCGUUGUAAAUAACCACAGAAAGGACUCCGACAUAAAGGAUUCACUCUGCAAGGUUAAGUGAUGAGACUGUGCAGAGGAGCGGUGUCAUUUUUGAAUAGCCCACACGACGCGGCCUCCUGGAUCUUCAGUAUAUAAUGGACAUAUUCUGUUCUCUCUGCCUGGCUGUACACAGCUUCUUUCAGUGUUUAUACGAGAAAAAAAAAAAAAAAAAAAAAAAAAGAAGUGCUUUGACCGUCAUUGGGUUGCAGGGUGACUAUUUUUUUUUUUUUUUUUGUCUUUUCUGUAAUGCGUCCUUCGCGGGGUUCAGUAAUUCUGUAUUGGUUUGGGUGUUUGAAGUUUCAACGCUCCGUGGGUUGUAACACAUCAAGCUUUCUACUUACACUGCGCCCUCGUCUCCAUUUGAUUUCCUAUUCUCAUUCACUUUCCUCCGCCGCUCGCUUCUCCGCACCCGGGGGAGGGCACACAAAAAUUCGAGCAGCUUUGUAACAGAGAAAUGGGAGCGGACGUGCGGACCGCGGGAGGGAGGAAAAUACUGGCUCUGCUGCUCUGUUCCACACACACACUGUUCCUCGGGCAUACCAAACGUGGCGACUGCGAGAGACUGUUUUAACGGACUAGAAUACAAACUAUGUCAAACGGUUUUCCAAGGUGACUACCCAAUGAACGGGAGCGAAACGAGGGGGGGAAUUUAGAACAUAUAAAUAUAUAAACCUUGUUCGCUGUGAUACCUGUGUGCCAUAGGAGACUGACGCACGCAAGCUGCUGAAGAAGAAUAAGGGAACGGAUCAUAAUUGUGGGAAAAAUUGUGGGGAAAUUGCGGGGAAACGUCUUAAUGCUGCAAUUACGGAGCAAACUGUGGGGUCAAGUGUUAAGUUGUUUGGCUUCCUUGCUAUUCAGUGAGGCUGAGUCCUUUAUCGCUACAUAAA